AUGGACCAGAAAAUUUUAUCUCUAGCAGCAGAAAAAACAGCAGACAGACUGCAAAAAUUUCUUCAAACCCUGAAAGAUGAUGAUCUGGCUAAUCUCCUUCAGAAUCAGGCAGUGAAAGGAAAAGCUGCUGGAGCACUCCUGAGAGCCAUCUUCAAAGGUUUCCCCUGUUCUGAGGAAGCUGGAGCUCUUAGGAGACUUAAGAUAUACAGUUGUUGUGUCCAAUUGGUGGAAUCAGGGGAUUUGCAGAAAGAAGUAGCAUCUGAAAUCAUAGGAUUACUAAUGCUGGAGGUUCACAAUUUUCCAGGAGCAUUACUGGUUGAAUUAGCCAAUGAGUUUGUUGAUGCUGUCAAACAGGGCAACCUAACGAAUGGAAAAUCUUUGGAGCUAUUACCCAUCAUUUUCACUGCCCUUGCUACCAAAAAGGAAAAUCUAGCUUAUGGAAAAGGUGAACUAAGUGGGGAAGAAUGUAAGAAGCAGUUGAUUAACACCCUCUGUUCUGGCAGAUGGGAUCAUCAAUAUGUAAUCCAACUCACCUCCAUGUUCAAGGAUGUCCCUCUGACUGCAGAAGAGGUGGAAAUUGUGGUGGAAAAAGUGUUGACAAUGUUCUCCAAAUUGAAUCUUCAAGAAAUACCACCCUUGGUCUAUCAGCUUCUGGUUCUCUCCUCAAAGGGAAGCCGGAAGAGGGUUUUGGAAGGAAUCAUAGCUUUCUUCAACAAGCUAGAUACACAACACAGUGAGGAACAGAGUGGUGAUGAGCUGUUGGAUUUUGUUACUGUACCAUCAGGUGAACUUCGUCACGUGGAAGGCACCAUUAUUCUACACAUUGUGUUUGCCAUCAAGUUGGACUGUGAACUAGGGAGAGAACUACUGAAACUCUUAAAGGCAGGACAACAAGGAGAUUUCAGUAGUAAUAUAUGUCCUUUCAGCAUUGCCCUCUUCCUCUCUGUAACAAGAAUACAAAGAUUUGAGGAACAGGUAUUUGACCUUUUAAAGUCUUUGGUUAUAAAAAGCUUUAAGGAUCUUCAGCUUCUCCAAGGCUCAAAAUUUCUUCAGAAUCUAGUUCCUCAUAGAUGUUGUGUUUCAACCAUGAUCUUGGAAGUGGUAAAGAAUAGUGUUCACAGUUGGGAUCAUGUUACUCAGGGCCUGGUAGAACUUGGCUUCAUUUUAAUGGAUUCCUAUGGGCCAAAGAAGAUUCUUGAUGGAAAGACUAUUGAAGCCAGCUCUGGUCUUUCUAGAAUGCCAAACCAGCAUGCAUGUAAGCUGGGAGCUAAUAUCCUGUUGGAAACUUUCAAGAUCCAUGAGAUGAUCAGACAAGAAAUUCUGGAGCAGGUCCUCAACAGGGUUGUUACCAGAGGAUCCUCCCCCAUCACUCAUUUCAUAGACCUGCUUUCAGAUAUCAUCAUGUAUUCACCCUUAGUUCUUCAAAGUUGUUCUUCUAAAGUCACAGAAACUUUUGACUAUUUGUCCUUUCUGCCCCUUCAAACCGUACAAGGGCUGCUGAAGGCAGUGCAGCCCCUUCUAAAAGUCAGCUUGUCAAUAAGAGACUCCUUGAUACUUGUCCUUCGGAAAGCUAUGUUUGCCAGCCAGCUUGAUGCCCGAAAAUCUGCAGUUGCUGGGUUUUUGCUGCUCCUGAAGAACUUUAAAGUUUUAGGCAGCUUGUCGUCUUCUCAGUGCAGUCAGUCUAUUGGUAUUAGCCAGGUCCAUGUGGAUGUCCAUAGCCGUUACAAUUCUGUCGCCAAUGAAACCUUUUGCCUUGAGAUAAUGGAUAGUUUGAGGAGAUGCUUAGGCCAACAGGCUGAUGUUCGACUUAUGCUUUAUGAGGGGUUCUAUGACGUCCUUCGAAGAAAUUCUCAGCUGGCUAAUUCAGUCAUGCAAACUCUGUUCUCACAGUUAAAACAGUUCUAUGAGCCGGAACCUGAUAUGCUGCCACCUCUGAAAUUAGAAGCUUGUAUUCUGACCCAAGGAGAUCAGAUCUCUCUACAGGAACCACUGGAUUGUCUGCUAUGUUGUAUUCAACAUUGUUUGGCCUGGUAUAAGAGUAGAGUGAUGCCCCUACAGCAGAAAGAAGAGGAGGAGGAAGAAGAGGGAUUCUACCAAGACUUAGAUGAUAUGUUGGAGUCUAUUACUAGUAGAAUGAUUAAGAGUGAACUAGAGGACUUUGAACUGGACAAAUCAGCAGAUUUUUCUCAGAGCACUGGUAUUGGUACCAAAAACAAUAUCUGUGCUUUUCUUGUUAUGGGAGUUUGUGAAGUUCUAAUAGAAUAUAAUUUCUCCAUAAGUAAUUUCAGUAAGAGUAAAUUUGAGGAGGUUCUGAGCUUAUUUAUGUGUUACAAGGAACUCUCUGACAUCCUUAAUGAAAAAGCUGGUAAAGGCAAAACUAAAAUGGCCAACAAAACAAAUGAUAGUUUUUUGUCCAUGAAAUUUGUGUCUGAUCUUCUCACCGCUCUUUUCAGGGACAGUACCCAAAGUCAUGAAGAGAGCCUGUCUGUUCUAAGGUCCAGCAAUGAGUUUAUGCGCUAUGCAGUGAGUGUGGCUCUGCAGAAGGUACAGCAGCUAAAUGAAAUGGGGCAUGUGAGUGGCCCUGAUGGCAAAAACCCAGAGAAGGUCUUUCAGAACCUCUGUGACAUAACUCGGGUCUUGCUUUGGAGAUACACUUCAAUUCCUACUUCAGUGGAAGAGUCGGGAAAGAAAGAGAAAGGAAAGAGCAUCUCGCUGCUGUGCUUGGAGUGUUUGCAGAAAAUAUUCAGUGCCGUGCAACAGUUCUACCAGCCCAAGAUUCAUCAGUUUCUCAGGGCUCUGGAUGCCACAGAUAAGGAGGAAGAGGUGGAAGUCAGUGUCACCCAAAGAGCAGCAUUCCAGAUCCGGCAGUUUCAGAGGUCCUUGUUGAAUAUACUUAGCAGCCAAGAAGAAGACUUUAACAGCAAAGAAGCCCUCUUACUCGUCACUGUUCUCUCCAACUUGUCCAAGCUGCUGGAGCCCUCCUCCACUCAGUUUGUGCAGAUGUUAUCCUGGACAACUAAGAUUUGCAAGGAAAACAGCUGGGAGGAUGCCUCAUUUUGCAAGGGCUUGAUGAAUUUGCUCUUCAGCCUCCAUGUUUUGUGUAAGAGUCCUGUGACCCUGCUGCGUGACUUGUCCCAGGAUAUCCAUGGACAUCUUGGAGACAUAGACCAGGAUGUAGAAGUGGAGAAAACCAAACCACUUGCAGUGGUGAAUUUGAGAACAGCUGCCCCUACUGUCUGUUUACUUCUUCUGAGUCAGGCUGAGAAGGUCCUAGAAGAAGUGGACUGGCUAAUCACCAAGCUUAAGGGACAAGUGAGCCAAGAAAUCAUACCAGAAGAAGCCUCUUCUCAGGCAACCCUACCAAAUCAUCCCAUUGAGAAAGCCAUCAUCAUACAAUUGGGAACUCUGCUUACAUUUUUCCAUGAGCUGGUGCAGACAGCCCUGCCAUCAGGCAGCUGUGUGGACACCUUAUUAAAGGACCUUUGCAAAAUGUACACCAUUCUUACAGCGCUUGUCAGAUAUUAUCUCCAGGUGUGUCAGCACUCCAGAGGAAUUCCAAAAAAUAUGGAAAAGCUGGUGAAGCUGUCAGGUUCGCAUCUGACCCCGCUAUGCUACUCUUUCAUUUCUUACAUACAGAACAAGAAGAGUAAGAGCCUAAAACAUACAGGAGAAAAGAAAAAGGAGAAAACCGCUGCUGGGCCCACAGCCAUGGCCAGAGCUCUUCGGGAAACCAAGCCAAUCCCUAAUCUCAUCUUUGCCAUUGAACAGUAUGAAAAAUUUCUCAUCCACCUUUCUAAGAGGUCCAAGGUGAACCUGAUGCAGCAUAUAAAGCUCAGCACCUCACGAGACUUCAAGAUCAAAGGGAACAUCCUGGACAUGGUUCUUCAAGAGGAUGAGGAUGAAGAUGAAGAGGGCACUGCAUCAGAGCAUGAGGGACAGAACAAAGAACCAGCCAAGAAGAAAAGGAAAAAAUAA